AUGCAAUAGUGAUUUAGCAUUGUCAAGAGUGUGCCGGGUGUGAAGGUGUUUGGCCGUCCUUUAGGAAUAUUCUAUGUUAUCAUGAGUGUCGCUUAUCGCUUUCUUUCAAGUGGCCUCUUGCAUAAAGCAACAUCACAUAUUUCUAUAACCGGAUGUCGUAAUUCCUGCUUUAAUAAUGCACGGAUGCACUGGAUUCGUCAAAUCGGAACUAAAGCCAACUCUACUGCUGUUUCUGCCAGACCUGUGGCUUUAACAUAUGAUGUCUUCGACGGAAAAGGGGACAGUACGCCGCUGGUUUUUCUCCACGGUCUUUUCGGGAGUAAAUCCAAUUUCCACUCCAUAGCGAGGUCCUUAGUCCAGCGGACGGGCAGAAAGUCAGGUGGUGACAGUUGAUGCACGUAACCAUGGCACAAGCACACACAGCCCCAUAAUCACCUACGAGGCGAUGACCAAUGACCUCACGCAACUGCUCUCUCAGCUGCGAAUCGGGAAGUGCAUUCUGAUUGGCCACAGCAUGGGAGGCAAGGUGGCCAUGACAACAGCUCUCACGCAGCCGACUCUAGUGGAGCGCCUGGUGGUGGUAGACAUAAGCCCCGCCCAGACUGCGUCGGUCACAAAAUUCCCCGCCUACAUUCAGGCGAUGAAGGACGUGAGAGUGCCCAAAGAUGUACCCCGCUCCACUGCACGCAGGCUGGCAGAGGACCAGCUACGCAAACAUGUCAAAGAGCGCUCAGUGCGGCAGUUCCUCCUGACAAACCUGGUCGAGGAGGACGGACAGUAUUCUUGGAGGAUCAACUUGGAGGCCAUCUCCAAUCACCUGAAUGACAUCAUGAGAUUCCCAGAAUUUAACACCAGCUACGAGGGACCAACCCUCUUCCUUGGUGGGACCAACUCUGCGUAUAUCAGCUCUGAAGACUACCCCGAGAUCCAGCGUCUUUUCCCGUGUGCUGACAUUCAGUACAUCCCAGACGCUAGCCACUGGAUCCACGCAGACAAGCCACUGGACUUCAUCAGCACAGUCAUAUCCUUCCUGCAGUAGCCCUGGCCAGGUCAGGCCAGACGCCGGGGACAGAGGCCAGGACCUUACAGUCGCCAGCAAGGAGAAAUGGAUUAACAAGCAUCUUUUCAUUUUGUUUUUUUUUAGUCUCAUUUAGUCUCAUUUGUUUAUGCCUUUCAUUUUUUGGGGGGGAAUGUUUGUUUAUUUUAGGCCAUGUUGUUUAUGGCCAUUUUGUUUUUUUAUUUUUGUUUUUAGGUCAUUGUCAAGUAACAGUGUAUGCAGAUGCCUAUGGGUUUGCAGAGUUGCAUACUAUAGAAUUCGCACUGGCAAUUAUUAACUUAUCCAAAGGACAUAUUAUGAACAUUACUGUGAUUAAUUACUGGAUGUUAGUAUAAGGGUAUAAACUAGGAUUCCAUGGGUUGCACUUUUAAUCCAAAUAGAAACAGAAGAAUGACUCAAUCGGAAUGGAAAUGAUACAGAUAAACACCUUGAUGGGAAUAAAACUGCUAAAAUCUGUUUGUUCAGAAUAGUUUAGAAUGGCAAAAAACUGUCCAUGUAAAUCCACCUAUAGUUUGGAGUGAAAAGCGCAAGGUUUGAAUAGUGUAAUAACAGAGUAAUGAUCUUUAGAGGGGCCUUCAGAAGAGCAGCAGACCGCACAGAUCACUAAGAGCUUUAACACAUCUCUUACUUAUUUCAUUUUAAGAUUUAAGAUAUAUUUUUUAAUAUGGGGAGAGUUUGGUGACAAUCCGCAAGUUGUGUUUCUUUCUUUCUUUCUUUCUUUUUUACUACAUGCAAGGGAGCAGUAUUAAAUAUAGUUAGCUAGAUGAGAAUAUAUAAUAUAAUCAGGUGAGAGAGUUAGGUGAUCUAAUAGAAUCUGCCAUUGAUUAGGCAGUUGGCUUUAACUCCAGUGUGAAGGCUUCACACAGCUGUUGACAACCUGCUACAUUGGAUACUGGUCACUAAGUAAGAUGCAUGCAACAUCAGCAUUAUAGUUCACACACAAAUUGCGAUUGUGCCUUCACAAAAUUGAGAAAUGAAAGCCACAUAAAUAGAUAAUAAAUAAACAGCAUACACUAAAGGUUAAUUAUUUAAGAUAAACAUAAAUUGAUAUGCAAUGCACACAUUCACAGAUCUCAACAGUACUUGAAUAUGUUAACACUAUUAAUGUUCCAGUUUAUAUUAUAUAGAAAAAACAUUAUCAAUAUUUGGCUGUACAGUUUAUUAUGACCAUCCCAAUGUGACCAAUAUGGCAGGUUAUAAGACAGCAUACUAACACAGGAGUGCCAUUUACAGUGCCGUUGGCUUUCUCAGGGGGCACGUAUACAUAUACAUAUUACAGACGUAUACAUACAUAUAUUACCUGUGCCCUAAUACUUGAAUUGCCACCUUUUAGUGUACAGUUUGUACAUAGAAAGCUCUUGUCUUUUAUUCUGAUUUGUGUUCUUUGUUAACAUGUAAGGGUUAUACAGUAUAUGCGUAAAUAUAGUAUUUACACUACGUAAAGAGUAAAGGGACACAAUAUGCACUGCUAACCUCAACAGGUCUUAUCUCAUUUAUAAAUAAGUCAAUAUUCUAUUGUUGAUGUAAUAUUUGUCCAAGUCAGGUAUAGUAAAUGUUAAUGUUAAUAUUAUUGUGCUAGACAUUUCUUGUUUUGUUUGUUCUUAGGUAAUACUUGGUCAGAAUGACUGGUGGCAGACAACUCUUCCAGUAUCUCAGAUGUUAAUCAUAACAUUCGUAGCUAAAUGUAAAUAGUCAUUAACAGCAUGAGUUUGUAUUCCGUUAGUUAUCUAUUUCCAAACUGGCAGUUGACUGUGGCAUAACUGUGCACCAGACCGUGUCAAGUCUCAUACUCGAGUGAACUGCAUUGUGGGUAGUUACAUGAUUCUUUGAUCCAUUUUCAUAUUUUUUCUUUCAGGCUUUGGAUAGUAGCUAAGAGGAGGAUGAUGCAGUUUGAUCAGAAUGUAAAAGUGUGUAACUAUCAUGAAUGAAUCGAUGUUUAACCAUCAAGAUUGUCAGUGUCUGAAUGAGGUUUUUAAUUUAGCAGAUUUUAUUGAACUUAAAGUGAUUUUCUCUAUCAAUAUUUUUUGACAAGACAAAGUAACCUAUAUUUGUUGAAAAAGCUUAUACUUGUGUGUGUGUUGAGACUGACAAGUGAUGUCCAUUUGUAUUGCAAUGUUUACAUGUUGUAGCUAUUUAUUAUAUACAAAAAUAAAAAAAAAUUGA